AUACAUUGGACCAAUUAGAACAGCCGUAAGAAGUCCCCGCAACUUUCUGUGAUGUGGGCUGUGAUUGGCUGAUGGUUGGACGAAAACAUGGCGCUGAGGUUCAUCAGAAUCGUGUGUUUUUCCACAAGUUCGCUGCUCAAAACAGCAGGAAGAAGUCGACCCCUUUCUACAUCCUCAGCACUUAGAUGUACAAAGACAGACCAGGAAGACUCAGGCUCACAGAAUGAACAGCACACUUCUGAGGAAAGCUCAGAAGAUCCCCACAUGCAUGAGGAGAUACCAGAGUCAGAGGUGAGACAGAGACUGCUGGACGCUGCGCUGGAGUUCGUCCCCACCCACGGGUGGAGCGUGGAGGCGCUGGCGGAGGCAGCUCAGACCGAGGGCCUCCCCGCCGUGUCCCACGGGAUGUUCCCCAGGGGUGGGGGAGACCUGGCCCUGCACUUUGUGGGUGUCUGUAACGCACAGCUGGCUGAACAGAUGGCACAGGAGACACAGCAGGUGGAGGAGGGGCAUGUGGAACGCAGACACACUCGAGAGUUCCUGAGAGAUGCUAUGGAAACCCGUCUCAGGAUGAUCGUGCCAUAUGUGGACAACUGGCCACAGGCUAUGUCCCUACUGGCCCAGCCCAACUGUGCCCCGGACUCCCUGAAGCUGCUAUCUGGUCUGGUGGACGACAUGUGGUACCAUGCAGGGGACAGGUCUGCUGAUUUUAACUGGUACACCAAGCGGGUAACCCUGGCCGGUGUGUACACCUCAGCACAGCUGGUUCUGGUGAGGGACCAGUCACCUGACUACCAGGAGACCUGGGAGUUCAUCGACAGCAGACUGGACAACCUGGAGCAGCUUGGCAAGGCUGUACGAGGGGUGGCACCAACAGUAGAGAGUUUAGCGCAAGGGCUAUCCGGAGCCUAUCUAACUAUUAGGAACAUAACUGGCUUCAACGUGAGGGACCGAUGAAACUCCUGAAGAGAACAUGACUUUAAGAAAUGACAAGAAAUUAUAGAAGAAACAGAAUAAGAUCGUGUUGGCAUGUACAUGUACGUGGUAUAAAACAAGAUAGGACAUUCGAGUUUUAUAGAAUUUUCUUGCACCGUAGGACAAGUAUAAAUGGAAAGUUAUCUAGCCUGAACCAACUUCUCACAGACCCAAAAUUACAUGUACAUUUUUCUAUGCAGGGACUGCAAGCUUUACGGGCAUCUGACGUUAGCCUCUGUAAUAGAGAUUGUCAGUUGCGCAAACCAUUGGGAAUAGGGGCUGGCAUACUCAGUUAAUCUCCAAGCAGAUCUUACAAUGGCAUAAGAUAGUACCAAACUGGCCAAGGAGUGUAGUCAGCCAAGAGGUGUACAUUUGCCAUGUAGAUGCCCCCAGUCGGCUAGAACAAAGGCCAUUAACAUCCAAUUGUUUUCCAAUCAAACUGUGCUUGCAGUGUAGGUGCUAAUUGCCCUCCUUCCUGUUUGGUGCUAACUUCCAACUGGGACAUGUGUUAGUCACUGACUUUGUCCCAGUGCAAGUCGCUUGUAAAGUAAUUAACACAUGGCUACAGGGAGGGGCAGCAACACCAUUGUUGAAUAGAAAUGCUCCUCCCUGUUUCAGUGGAGGCAUAUCCCCAGUAGCCAAACACACUCCUAGGCUGGCUUCACUCCUCUGCACACUUUUGAUACUAUCUUAUGCUACUGUAGGAUCUGCUUGGAGAUUAGUACUCAAUCUGAUACAAAAUGUUUUUUUCUUGUUGGACUGGUCCAGAUAAACCGGACCUGAAAAAAUCCCGUUUGCCUGCUCAUCUGUCCAAAAAUGGACAGGAGAAUCUGAGGCGAGAAGGCACCAAUAUCUACCCAUGGAAAAAACUAAUCUAUAGUUGCUGCUGCCGCCCUAGGGGAGGGGGUCAUUAACCCCAGCCAGCGAGAGAUUGUGUGAACACAGGCUAGGAAGGACAUGUGCUCGCCUUGUCCCAGUUUCACUUGUCCCAGACUAUUGGGCCAAUCAUGGACUUGUCCGACCUUGCAAAAGAGUAACAAGCAGGAUGCAUGUAAUGGGUUCGAAAUUUGUUCUCUGGGAAUAGAUGCACUAGUACUGGUGCACCUAAUAAUCAAAAAAUUUAGAUGCAGAGAAAACAUCUUCAGUACUAGACAACAUUAUAUAAAGUAGAAUGUCAGCAGAAUAAGUCUUUGAGAGAAGAAAGUCCGCUCUUGUGCAGAGUUGCUGUCAAAAUUUGUAAGUUGGUGUGAGGCACUUAAUAUCAGUAUGCACACCUUUCAACUUUUUAAAAAUUGCAAAAAAAAAACGAAUAUUAAAUGAUUUCAAGCAUA